AUGAAAAAUCUAUCAAAGAAAGCACUGGCGUCUUGGGACAAAGUGUGUUUACCUCAAGCAGCUGGAGGAUUAAAUGUCCUGAAUCUAUGUAGAUGGAACAAGGCUGCAAUAAUAAAGCAGUUAUGGUCAAUUGCACAGAAAAAGGACUGCCUCUGGAUAAAGUGGGUGCAUAGCUACUACAUAAAGAAACAAACUUUUGACUCAUGCCCUAUACCUAAGACAACAGCUUGGGUAAUUAGGAAGAUUUUGGAAACUCGAGAUACGAUUAUGCAACAGGUUAUGGUACAAGGUGACUUACUUGCAAAGUUAGGAAAAAUGCAGAACAAGGAUGAUUCCUUCUCUAUUAAAAAGAUGAUGGCAACUGCGGAUCGACUGCAGAUGAUAGGCAUACAAGCUCCUAUGGCUUGUGUAUUCUGUCAUGGUGGCAUUGAAACUCAUGAAUACCUAUUCUUUGAAUGCCCUGUUACAGGUGCAUUGUGGCUGAGAUUACUGACCUGGCUUGGGUAUAUCAGGAACAGAGGUGAUGCCAAACAUGAAUUGCAAUGGGUAUGCAGUAUGGCCAAGAGGAAGAGUGGACUGGGAGCUGUCACCCGUUGUGCAUAUGCAAUGGCAGUCUAUGUCAUAUGGAGGGAGAGGAAUCUACUAAGAUUCCAGAAGAGCACAUAUGAUGAAGAUAGAGACAGUAGAGAAAUAGCAGUACAUAUUCACAUUAGAGGACAAAACCUUAGGAAAUGGCGCAAGCCUUUGAGUCUGCUGAGUUCAUACCCUUAUUGA